CCUCGUCUUUUGUCCUCUUUCUCCUUUUUCUUCCCUACCCUUCCAGCACCAAGUCAGAAUAACAGAGAGAAGAGGCCCUUUUUCUUUCUCUUUCUCUUUCGUUCCCCACUUCAAAUCCUAACCCUAAGGCUCCUCUCUCUUUCUCUCUGAAAAUCUAGGGUUUCCAUCAGUACCCUCUCUCUCUCUCUAUGGAAAUCUAGGGUUUUGCGCCUUCUGUUGCAGCAUUUUUUUUAAGGGGGGAUUGAAUCUUCUAGAAAUGGGGGAUUCGGAUCGAGGAGGGACAUGUACGUAGAUCGAACCAGAUGCCGACUGAAGCCGGAGAUUGAUUCUCUUGACGGGAAGCAGAUCGAGAAUCUCUCGGCGAAAUCGUCACCUUCGAUCUCUGAGGAAUCAAACAAUCACGGUCUCCGCAUCGUGGUUGAAGGUCAAAUGAUCUGACGGUAGAAUUCUCUCCCCUUUCAUCGAAGUUUGGGGACCCAACAUCCCAAAUUUGAGUGACUGCUUCAUUUGAUAUCAUUAUCAUAUUCGACGAGCCUAGAUUGAUUUUAGCAAUCAGUUGUUGCUAUAAAUAUGGGACGUUUAAAACUGCAGCCUGGAAUUAAUGCGAUUGAGGAGGAACCUGGAGACUGUGACUGUAUGUCUAAUAAAGGUGCUUUAGCCUGUAUGGUGAAUUCAGAAGUGGGUGCGGUUUUGGCUGUCAUGAGGAGAAAUGUACGAUGGGGAGGUCGUUAUAUGGCUGGUGAUGAUCAGUUAGAGCAUUCUCUCAUCCAGUCAUUGAAGGCAUUACGGAAGCAGAUCUUUUCAUGGGAACAUCAAUGGCAAUCAAUCAGCCCGACCAUUUACCUCCAGCCAUUCUUGGAUGUUAUUCGUUCAGAUGAAACUGGUGCACCCAUUACCGGAGUCGCACUAACAUCUGUUUACAAGAUAUUGACCCUUGACAUGCUUGAUCUGAAUACCGUGAAUGUGGAAGAUGCGAUGCAUUCUGUAGUCGAUGCUGUGACCAGUUGCAGGUUUGAGGUGACUGAUCCUGCAUCUGAAGAAGUGGUAUUGAUGAAGAUACUUCAGGUUCUUCUGGCUUGCAUGAAAAGUAAGGCAUCCGUUGUGUUGAAUAACCAGCAUGUGUGCACCAUAGUCAACACAUGUUUCCGUGUAGUUCAUCAAGCAGGGACUAAAGGUGAGUUGCUGCAGCGUAUAGCUCGACACACAAUGCACGAGCUCGUUAGGUGUAUCUUUUUGCACUUGCCGGAUGUUCACCACACGGAACAACCAUCAGUUAAUGGGAGUGGGCCUUCUAUCAGAUCGGAGAUGGGUGGUUUCGACAAGGAUCAUGCAUUUGGGGUUAGACAAUCAGACAAUGGCAAUGGAAGUCUUGAGUAUGAUGCUCCAUCAGCUUCUGUUGGUCUUGCAUCAAAUGCCUCGAUGUCUACAGGUUCCGCGGCGAACCUGGCAGAUGAAAAUGCAUUAGGAGAUGCUAGCAGCAAAGACACAACAAGUGACAUGCAUCUUACAACAGAGCCAUAUGGGAUUCCUUGUAUGGUCGAGAUAUUUCACUUCCUGUGUUCCCUACUGAAUAUCGUUGAGCACUCUGGGAUGGGUCCUAGGUCAAACCCUAUUGAAUUUGAUGAAGAUGUGCCACUUUUUGCUUUGGGUUUGAUCAAUUCAGCCAUUGAAUUAGGAGGAUCGUCAAUACGUCAGCACCCAAAGUUGUUGGCUCUGAUACAGGAUGAACUAUUCAGCAACUUGAUGCAGUUUGGCCUGUCGAUGAGCCCACUGAUUCUAUCGAUGGUAUGCAGCAUCGUUCUCAAUCUGUAUCACCAUUUGCGCGUGGAGUUGAAACUGCAGCUCGAGGCUUUCUUCUCAUGUGUUAUAUUGAGGCUUGCACAAAGCAGGCACGGGGCUUCAUACCAGCAGCAGGAAGUUGCAAUGGAAGCUCUUGUCGACUUCUGCAGGCAGAAGACUUUCAUGGCUGAAAUGUAUGCCAACUUGGAUUGUGAUAUAACUUGCCGGAAUGUGUUUGAAGAUCUUGCAAACCUGUUGUCGAAAAGUGCAUUUCCAGUUAACUGCCCACUAUCUGCUAUGCAUAUUCUUGCUUUGGAUGGUUUGAUUGCUGUCAUUCAAGGAAUGGCCGAGAGGAUUGGCAAUGCAUCACCUGUUACAGAACAGGCAUCGGUGACUCUUGAAGAGUAUACUCCAUUCUGGACAGUGAAGUGUGAGAACUAUGCUGAUCCCAACCAUUGGGUUGGAUUUGUUCGUCGUAGGAAGUACAUUAAAAGAAUUUUAAUGAUUGGGGCCGAUCACUUUAACCGGGACCCCAAGAAAGGGCUGGAAUAUCUGCAAGGAACACAUCUGUUGCCUGAUAAGCUUGACCCGCAGAGUGUAGCAUGCUUUUUCAGGUACACGGCAGGAUUGGAUAAGAAUCUUGUUGGUGAUUUCUUGGGGAAUCAUGAUGACUUUUGCGUUCGGGUACUUGAAGAAUUCGCCAAAACUUUCGAUUUCCAAGAUAUGAAUUUGGACACUGCUCUGCGACUGUUCUUGGAAACCUUCCGUCUUCCUGGUGAAUCACAGAAGAUACAGAGGGUACUUGAGGCAUUUUCGGGGAGAUACUACGAGCAAUCGCCACAGAUUCUAGCUAACAAAGAUGCCGCUCUCCUGUUGUCUUAUUCACUCAUUAUGCUCAACACAGAUCAGCACAACGUGCAGGUUAAGAAGAAGAUGACUGAGGAGGAUUUCAUCCGGAACAACCGUCGCAUCAAUGGUGGUAAUGACCUCCCCCGAGAUUUCCUGACGGAGCUCUACCACUCGAUCUGCAAGAACGAGAUCCGGACGAUUCCAGAUCAAGGUGCUGGCUUCCCUGAGAUGACACCUAGCCGUUGGAUUGAUCUGAUGCGUAAGUCCAGGAAGACUGCCCCAUUCAUUACUUGUGACUCCAGAGCCUUCCUCGAUCGCGAUAUGUUUGCCAUUAUGUCAGGUCCCACAAUUGCUGCUAUAUCAGUGGUAUUUGAUCAUGCAGAACAUGAAAAUGUUUUCCACACCUGUGUUGAUGGUUUCUUAGCAGUUGCAAAGAUAUCAGCAUGCCAUCAUCUUGAAGAUGUAUUGGAUGAUCUGGUCGUGUCUCUGUGUAAGUUCACAACCCUCUUAAACCCUUCUUUGGUUGAGGAACCUGUUCUAGCCUUUGGCGAUGACACGAAAGCUAGGAUGGCAACCAUAACUGUUUUCACCAUAGCGAAUAGAUUUGGUGACUAUAUUCGCACUGGUUGGAGGAAUAUUCUGGACUGCAUCUUGAGGUUACACAAGCUCGGUCUCCUUCCCGCUCGAGUUGCAAGUGAUGCAGCUGAUGAUUCGGAGCCAUCUACAGAUCCUGGUCACGGGAAACCUGUUGCAGGUACCCUCUCUGCAUCUCAUAUUCCUGCGAUGGCUACUCCUCGAAGAUCCUCUGGACUUAUGGGCCGCUUCAGUCAGCUGUUAUCCCUCGACACUGAAGAGCCAAGGUCUCAGCCAACCGAGCAGCAACUUGCUGCUCAUCAACGUACCCUUCAGACCAUUCAGAAAUGCCACAUCGAUAGUAUAUUUACAGAGAGCAAGUUCCUGCAGGCGGAUUCGCUGUUGCAGCUCGCAAGGGCUCUUGUCUGGGCAGCGGGCCGUCCUCAGAAAGGAAGCAGUUCACCAGAGGAUGAAGACACUGCUGUUUUCUGCUUAGAGUUGCUGAUUGCAAUUGCACUGAACAAUCGUGACAGGAUUGGUCUUCUCUGGCAGGGUGUGUAUGAGCAUAUAGCCAAUAUUGUUCAGUCGACUGUGAUGCCUGGUGCCCUUGUGGAGAAGGCAGUUUUUGGCCUCCUACGUAUCUGCCAGAGGCUGCUUCCCUACAAAGAGAACCUGGCUGAUGAGCUCCUAAGGUCACUGCAGCUGGUCCUGAAGCUCGAUGCUCGGGUAGCCGAUGCAUACUGUGAGCACAUCACGCAAGAAGUCAUGCGCCUCGUGAAAGCAAAUGCCACCCAUAUCAGAUCCCCGAUGGGAUGGCGGACGAUCACCUCCCUGCUUUCCAUCACAGCGCGCCACCCAGAAGCUUCUGAAGCGGGUUUCGAGGCAUUGAUGUUCAUUAUGUCUGAUGGGGUGCACCUUUCGCCUGCCAAUUACAUCCUUUCAGUGGACGCGGCAAGGCAGUUUGCAGAGUCUAGGGUCGGUCCCACAGAGAGAUCCGUGCGUGCUUUGGACCUGAUGGCUGAGUCCAUCAUGUGCCUCCCACGGUGGAAGGAAGUGGGUGAGGAUGCUCCGAGAGCAUCUUCGCAGGAAAUAGAGGACAUGUGGCUGAGGCUGGUGCAAGGGUUAAGAAAGGUGUGCUUGGAUCAGAGAGAGGAGGUACGUAACCAUGCACUUGCGUCGCUGCAGCGGUGCACGACAACAAAUGCAGAAGCCAUCCGUCUUUCGCCUGCAUCGUGGCUACAGUGCUUUGACCUGGUCAUCUUCACGAUGCUCGAUGACCUACUGGAGAUUGCCCAUGGGGGGCACUCGGGAAAGGACUACCGCAACAUGGAAGGUACGCUCGUGCACGCAAUGAAGCUGAUGUCCAAGGUGUUCCUUCAGCUGCUGCCUGAGCUCUCACCGCUGACCAGCUUCUGCAAGCUGUGGCUGGGCGUUCUCGGGCGCAUGGAGAAGUAUACAAAGGCCAAAGUCCGAGGGAAGAAGUGUGAGAAGCUUCAGGAACUAGUUCCUGAACUGCUGAAGAACACAUUGUACGUUAUGAAAAAUAGGGGGGUUCUUGCAAGGACAAACGCGAUUGGCGGCGAUGGAUUGUGGGAGCUGACGUGGCUGCACGUAAACAACAUCGAUCCUUCUCUGCAGUCAGAGGUGUUUCCAGACCAAGAACUGGAGCAGCAGGCAAGGAAGGAAAAUGAAAUGGGAAGUCCACUAUUACAGACUGCGGUAGAAGGUGGGACGUAGCACGCUAAUUUCAGGUACUGCUAUGUAUUCAUCUUUCCAUAUUAGUCAAUUGAUUUUGUUGAUCUAUGAUUUUUCCUUUCUUUCUCUUUUUUCUUUUGGGGUCUUUGGGAUGAAAGCUUGUUAUUGGAAUUUUUUGUUUUUUCUCGCUUUUAUGUUGCCUGUAAAUGUCUUGAGAAAAUUCAAAAGGAUUUCACACCCUUGCUAUGAGCACUUUCUUACCUUAGCCUGUA